AUGAACAGCACGGAGACUGGGAAGAAGGUGUACCGAUGUGGCCAAAACUGGUUCCGUCAUAAUUUGUUUUGGAGCCCAACUUCCGGAGACAUGGGCUAUGAUCAGGUUGUCAAGGCUGACCCAGCAGAAGAUCCUGCGUUCUGCAAGGUCAAGAUGUUCAGCCCCGUUGAGAUGGACUUAGCAUUUGUUUUUGCAGCCCACAGAGACAUCAACAAGCCGGAGCUGAUGGACGAGUGGAAAAGGCAAUUCCUCAGCGUGUCCUUUGAGUACAGAUUGGAUGAUGUGCCCAUUAGCGAGAACUUCGAAUUGCACGGAAUUGCGCUCAAGCAUUCGCCUCUUCAGCAGAUAUUCAACAUCUUGGGGUUCAAGUCUGAAUGGGAGGCAAAACACGGUACCAUCAAGAGUGAGGCUCUCUCCAAACUGUAUGAAGUAUCCCCGUCCUUUGUCGACACAGCCUGCACGAUGGGAAAUCGAGUCUUGAAAGACACGGAGCUCAGUGCCUUGUUGCUGGGAGCUGAUGAACAACGUAAAAACCCGUUUGAUCGGUGGUCGAAGUUUCAGUACGAUGGAGUCAUGCAUGGGUACGUCAACAAGGAUGCGACUUCCAACAGGAACUUGCAGUCGCUCACAUGCCGUGUACUACUUGCCCAAAAGGCGUGCCUUGAUCUUUUCAUCAACUUCAUGGAGAGUGAUGCAACUUCUUGGCCUGUGGCAGUGCGGCAGUCGAUCAAGGAGGUGACGGCCAGCCACAACACCAUCCGGGCGAAACUCUCGGCUGGAGAUGAGACGUGGCGGGCAGGAUGGCCUGAAUCUGCAGAACGUUUCUGGCAGCUAGUCAAAGGCUGUGUCUAUGACUUGGAAUACUGGAGCUGCCUGGUGGCGUUGGUGAAAAACCGCAGAUCUAGCAAUGAGUACCUUGAGUCUUCACCCUGGUUGAACGAAGAAGUCAGUGCGAUCAAGGAGAUGAUCCAGCAGGAAGCCAAGGAGAAAAAUGUCCAACUGAACAAGCACAAAGCGGAGGAUGCAGUUGUCAUGACUGAGGACAACCAAGAGGAUGAGGAGGAUGAGGUUGAUCCAGUCAAGACGGUGCUUCAACACAUGAAGAUCGGUGAGACUGACAAACCUAACUUGCCGUUCAAAAAGGAUGCCGAAGUGUCCCUGAUGAGCAAGCUCAAUGAGCGCCUGCUGAGUUUCAAAAAACUGGCUCAAAGAAAGGUGGCAACCUGCAUCAAAUGGAUCGUCGAACCGCAACCAACAAAUGAAAAUGAUCUGGUGGAUUUGUAUUCUGAUACCUGGGCCAAGGACUACCAUGGUGAGUGGCGUAGUCUCCAUCCAGGUGAAGAGCCUCACUGCACGGCAACACUGCUCCAUUUCUUUGACAGCAAGAAGUGUUCGGACGGUCGCUUGAUGAAGCUCUUGGGUGCAGUUGCGCGUGAGAGGAAACAGAACUUUGCUGUCAAGCAAAGCGAGACAAUCCACAUGCUCAUGCCGCCCAAUGGACUGAAGAUCCUGAAAAAGAACAGGUUGAACUACAGCGGGACCAACCGUGGUGACACCAGCUAUGGAGUGAAGUUGCCAUCCUAUGAUAGUGACACUACAUGGCAGCUCACGUUUGGGCAGAAGAAGCAGUUGUUUGGGAAACACCGUGUUUCUGUCGGAGGGCAGGCCCCAGAGGGUAGCGAAGCUGAGUCAGGUGCUCUGGAGCCAGCAUUCUACCAUGCGGGCCCACCAGCCUUGGAUGAGGAGAUCAUCCACUGCUACUCAGUGGGUGCCAUCAACGAUAUGACCCCAGGUGAUGGUUCCAUGGCAUUCCUGGCAAUCCAACGAAAUCUGCCGUACAUCGGCCUUGUGUUCACUGACCAUCAUGCCAAACUUCUGACGGAGAGGUUGGAGGCUAUGACCUUUGAGGCAAUGCAGAAUCCCAAGAGUGCUUUGUUUUCUAAUGAGCUCACCAAACUGAUCAAAGAGGCAAAGAAGGCUAAGCCAAAGGCAAAAGGCAAAGCAAAAGGAAAGAACAAGGCACAAAAGGCUGAUGAUCAGGAGCAAGGAGAAGAAGAGAAUGAAGAGGAAGAUCCAGAGAUCGACGCUGAUGAAGAUGAAGCCGGUGCAGAUGGUGACGAUGACUGUGGAAACAAGACGCCUGAGUGGAUCAACAGCAAUGGUGAGGAGACAGAUGCCCCUUCUGAUGUUGAGGAGCAUGAGGAAGACGAAGAUGAAAACCAAGAUGAGGAAUCCGAAGAGGAAGAGCAAGAGGAAGAGGAGAAGCCGGUCCCAAAGAAAAGAAAGAACACUUCUGAGAAGGUCAAGGACGUAGCCCAGAAGCUGCGCAAGUUGGCCAAAGGCAAUGCGCGUAGCGGCAAGUGA